AUCAACCGCGUUCGAGGACCAACGAAGAAAAAGAAACCACUGUUGUCUUCCGUCGCAGUGUUUCACGUGGACUGUACGGCAGCGUGAGAGUCACUGUGUCUGCCAGGAACACCAUUAAAGACAGAAUGACGCAAUUAGGCGGAGUAUUAAAACCCAAGACAAAGCGCUCAAAGCGCUUCUUGGAGAGCCGUUCGCCCAAACUGACGGAGGAUGUAAAGAGUGCCAUGAUCAUGAAAGGCGGCAACACCAGUCAGACCAUCACCCAGGCCCUCAAAGACAUAUAUUCCUUGAAAAAACCCAAUGCUGUGCUUUACAAGAAGAAGAACAUAACUCGACCGUUUGAGGACUCCACGUCGCUGGAGUUUUUCUCCAAGAAGACUGACUGCUCUCUGUUUCUGUUUGGCUCACACAACAAGAAACGGCCCAAUAAUCUCAUAUUUGGUCGUCUGUUUGACUUCCACGUGCUGGAUAUGAUUGAACUUGGAAUUGAGAAGUACGUCUCCCUGAGUGAGAUUAAGGCCAGUAAAUGUCCUGAAGGGACCAAACCGAUGCUGGUGUUUGCAGGAGAGGCUUUUGAUACAGAGAACGACCACAAACGUCUCAAGAGUCUGCUCAUAGACUUCUUCCGAGGUCCCACUGUGCCUGCAGUGCGCCUGGCGGGUUUAGAACAUGUUCUACACUUCACUGCCCUGGAUGGGAAAAUUUAUUUGCGCAGCUACAGGUGUCUGUUGAAGAAGUCUGGGUGUCGGACGCCGCGGAUCGAGCUGGAGGAGAUCGGGCCUUCGUUUGACUUCGUCUUGAGAAGAACGCAUCUGGCUUCUGAUGACUUGUACAAGCUGGCUCAUAGACAGCCCAAAGCCUUGAAGCCCAAGAAGAAGAAGAACAUUUCCACUGAUGCCUUUGGUACCAAAUUUGGUCGGGUGCACAUGCAGAAGCAGGAUCUUUCCAAGCUACAGACACGGAAGAUGAAGGGCCUGAGAAAGAGGAAGGGGCAGGGACAGGAAGUGGCUGAAGAACAAGACACGCAGGCCCCUAAAGUGGCCAAAGUGGAGAGCUGAAGCUGCUUCUAGUACUUUUCCUUGUCCAUCACUUUAAAAGACUGUUAGCUGGUCAUUGACGGGUGUAACUGUCAAGGACUUGACAUGUGAGCCGGCACAGCCCAACAAAAUGCACGUCUAUUCUUCAUUUCCCUGUUGUAAUAUCCAGGUGUUUUUGUCCUGACUGUCAUGAAUGUGUAAGCAUGAUUAAUCACAGGAACGAUAACUAGCUCAUUUAUUUAGUCAGAUUUCAUUCAUAUAUUUCUACAGUAAUGUGUGUUAUAAAGCCUCACUUACAUUCACAGAAAUAAAGGUGUCUUUUACAUUCUAA